AUGGGCUGCGUAGCGAUGCUGGUCGCGUGCAUCAUCACGAUGUUCGCGAUCGCUGACGCGAACGGAAACACAACAGCCGAUCCCAUGGGGCCUGUUAAUCAUGACAAAGAUGAGGAUGAUUUUGUACCCUAUCAAGGAGAACGUUUCAAUGUUUUCGACUGGAAUCUAUUUAAAACUAUGAGCAAAAAAUAUACUGGAAAUAUUCUUAUAUCACCGAUAUCGUUGAAGAUUGCUCUUGUACUAUUAUAUGAAGGAGCUCAAGAACAAACUGCCGAAGAACUAGCCACCGGAUUGCAACUACCUGCUACUCAAAUAGCUACUCGAGACAAAUUCUCCUCUAUUUUACGCUCCCUUAAGGCUGCUUCACCGGCUUACAAGUUGAAUAUUGGCACACGAAUUUACAUGAAUUCAAAUAUCUUGGUCAGACAACGAUACAAAGCUAUUAUAAAACAGUUUUACGACACCGAAGUAUACGUUGCGAAUAUGACAGAUUCGCAGCCGCUUGCCCAAGAGAUCAAUGGGUGGGUCAGCAAUGUUACGGAGGGUAACAUCGAGAAGAUAAUAGAAAACGAGGACAAUGUAAAGGAAUUGAUAAUGAUGAUCGUGAACGCACUCUUCUUCAAAGGAUCGUGGCGACGUAAUUACUUCCCUCCGGAAAACACACAAGCUGGACAAUUUUUUAUAAAUGACAAGGAAUCGGUAGAUGUUCCGUUCAUGCGUACAACCACCAGAUUAUACUUCUCCGAAUCUGCUGAGUUGAAUGCAAAGAUUCUACGAAUACCAUAUGCUGGACACAAAUUUGCUAUGUAUCUGUUGCUACCUCAUGCUCGGAACGGGAUUGACCAGCUCGCUGCCAAUGUUACUCCCCUCAUUCUGUCACGACAUGCAUGGUCGAUGCAGGAGUUGCCUGUUAUUGUGUCUCUCCCAAAAUUUCAGUUUCAGUUCUCCAGUCAAUUGGGAACCGUUCUUCGCGAGCUUGGUAUUCGGGAUAUCUUUGCUGAUACAGCUACGUUAACUGGAAUAGCUCGCACCAAGCGAAGUUCCAAACAUCUCAAGGUUACGAAUGUACUGCAGAAGGCUGGGAUAGAAGUGAACGAGAAUGGAACCACGGCUUACGUUGCCACUGAAAUUGAACUCGGAAAUAAAAUCGGGGAAGAAAUGUUCCAUGCAGAUCACCCCUUCCUAUUUUACAUUGAAGACGAAUCCACCGGAACUAUCGUUUACAUGGGUAAACUAAUGAAUCCGUUGGAUACCAGUGGCAGUACUGCUGUGUCCAAUGAGUUGGAUCCAUCCAAAUUUGGCGCACCAGUACCAGACGCAGAAAAAAUACCUGCACACUGUAUAAACGUAGGAGUGUUUUUAGACUCGAUCUUACAAACGGGCUUUAAUGUCGAAGAUCGGAAUAAUCUCUUCAAUGCGUACUUUUCCCAGACGCUGAGCAAAGAACAUGAAGGAAAUCUAGUGUCAUCGCCAGCGAGCGUUAAAACGGUCUUGACGAUGUUGAUGGAAGGAACGAAUGGUGACACAAAACAGGAGAUUCUUUUGGAAUUAAGAUUGCCUGACGAUGAAUUGCGUAUAAGAGAAAUCACGCAACGAACUCUUGCAUCUUUAAAUAGAAACGAGAAUGGCACGGAAAUCGAUGUAACCACUCGAUUAUGGAUACAUGAAAGUUUACAAGUGCUAGACACUUAUAAAGAUAUUUUGCGAUCAUAUUAUAAAGGAGAUGUAGAAAAUGUAAAUUUUAUGGAUUUACAAAAUACCGCGAGUCUUAUCAACGACUGGGUCCGUCAAGCAGCGCGUAACGCAGUUGCUUCGCCCUUAGUUAACAAUAUUCAACCCGAUACUCGUCUUCUCCUCACUUCGAUUACGUACUUUAAAGGACGUUGGCUGAAAGCCUUUGAUCCAAUGAAAACAAAACAGCGAUGUUUUUACGUUCCUAAUGGGGAAUGCAAACAAACGGAUUUCAUGCAACAUAAGUCUACGUAUCGAUACGCGUACAUAUCCUCCAUCGAAGCGCACGUUUUAGAAAUUCCAUACUCGGAUCGGAAAACGUCCAUGAUAACGAUCAUGCCAAGCAAAAGAGAGAAAGACCCGAAUCUUCAAAUUUUAUGCAAAGAUUUAGCUACGGUUCCUAUUUCUGCGAUAUUAUCGAACCUGAAGGAAAGAGAUAUUACCAUAUACCUUCCAAAAUUCACUAUCGAAAACAAUCUUAAUUUAAUAACCACGUUACAACACUUGGGAAUCAAGAGCAUAUUUCGUUCCGACGCAAAUUUAACGAACAUGGUGUCCAAUGGUGCUCUACGUGUAACGAGUAUCCUACAAAAUGUUAAAAUAGAAGUAGAUGAAGAAGGAACAUUAGCUGCAGCUGAUACUGAAAUUGGAUAUCAGCUGCUUUCAUCGUGGAGCAAUGAAGUUAAGUUGGAUAGACCAUUCCUAUUUCUUAUCAUCGAUUCUGUAACAAAUACGACUCUAUUUUUUGGCCGCUUCAUCGAACCGUUAUAA